AUGUUCUUUUACAUCUUCCCCUUUUUUUCCAUGUCCAUUAUUUACCCCUGUUCCCUCCUCUUUGAUCAUUCUGCAGCGUCUCUCCUCUUCGAAUUUCUUCCCCUUCCUUUCUCCUAUUCGUCUCUCCUCUUCCGCAUUUCUUCACCAUCCUUUUCUCUAUUUAUUCUUUCUUCUUCCUCCUCUUCUUUUACAUCCUUCCCCUCACUUUUUCCACGUCUCUCCUCUUCCGCAUUUCUUCAACAUCCUUUUCUAUUUAUUCUUUCUUUUUUCCUCCUCUUCUUUUUACAUCCUUCCCUCACUUUUUCCAGUUCUGAAUCACUAUUAUUUACACCUCUUCCACCUCUUUUGAUCAUUCUUGUCGCGUCUCUCUUCUGCAUUUCUUCACCAUCCUUUCUAUUUAUUCUUUCUUCUUCCUCCUCUUUUUUACAUCCUUCCCUCACUUUUUCCAGUUCUGAAUCAUUAUUAUUUACACCCUCUUCCUCCUCUUUUGAUCAUUCUGCAGCGUCUCUCCUCUUCCGCAUUUCUUCCCAUCCUUUUCUAUUUAUUAUUUCUUCUUCCUCCUCUUCUUUUACAUCCUUCCCUCACUUUUUUUCACGUCUCUCCUCUCCGCAUUUCUUCAACAUCCUUUUCUUUUAUUUAUUCUUUCUUUUUCCUCCUCUUCUUUUACAUCCUUCCCCUCACUUUUUCAUUUCUGAAUCAUUAUUAUUUACACCCUCUUCCUCCUCUUUGAUCAUUCUGCAGCGUCUCUCCUCUUCCGCAUUUCUUCAACAUCCUUUUCUCUAUUUAUUCUUUCUUUUUCCUCAUCUUCUUUUACAUCCUUCCCCUCACUUUUUCCACUUCUGA